AUGAUGGAUCUUAGUGACAAAGUACCCAUAAGUAAGACGAGGACGCGGUUCGAUGCGGUACGAGCGCUCCAAGAUGAAGAGAAAAGUGUUCCACCGUUGCCAUUAAAAACUUAUCAAUGGGAGGAUUUGCGAAGAGCUCGUGAAGCCGGAGGUUAUCCUUGGACGCAUUUAUUGAAGGUUCCACUUGAAGGCGAAAUAACUGCGGAAGAUAUAAUCAGAUCUACAACACCCAGAAGAAGUAUGUCACGUGAGUUUUCAAAAUCACGGACUCACUCACCAGUCGAUGGGGAUGUCCAAAAAAUUUUAAAUCUGGACUCCUCUCCUGGUAGUAGCAGAAAACACGAUGAAGACGGUAAAGAUGAGGGUGUACACGUACCAAACUUUUCUAAAGAAAUAUCUUUAGAUUCAGAAGAAGAUGUUCUAAACCAACGAAAGGAUGAAGCGCCCCCUUCUCAUUUAGCAACUCCUGUAGAAAUUCCAAAAAAUAUUUCACCAAAAAGUAUAUUGAAGCGCCGUGCUCAAGAACCACAAUAUAUAGGCGUAACAGAAACGCGAGAAAAAACAAAGUGUUGUCAUCCGCUUGUAAAUAAAAUAAAACAUUUAGCAGAUAAAACUCUUCAGAAGUUAGAGAGAAGCGACAACGAAAAAUCUCCUUUAUCGAAAAGAAAGAAAAAUGAAGAGGCACAAGAAAUAAGACAGCUUAAAAAUUCACCAGGUGCUAUUCGACGCCAAAAAUUUAGUGCUAUUAAAUUAGGAGAUUCGGAUGAAGUAAGUAAAACAAUAAGCAUUGACACACCUCCCCCUAGGAAGAAAAAAGAGCAUAUUUACGAAGACAUUGAUGAAUCUAAAGGACAAUCUACAGAAAACCUAUCAAGUACCCAUCAGGAAUUUCAUAAUGAUGUUAAAGAAAUAAAAAGAGAUGCUGAUAAUUUAGAAAGAAGAUCCAACAAAUCUUGCGAUCCCAGUCUUAUAGCUGAAGAUACAUCUUCCCUAAAAAACGACGAACAUAUUAUGGAAAUGUUACAUAAAAACAUAAAAAAAGAUAAAGAUGUGACAGAAAUGGAUGUAAACAUCGAUGAAAUUAAUGAACCCAACGUUGACGAGAAUAUCGAAAAAGAAUCAGAAAUGCUUCAAUCAAACCACAGCACGUACAAUAUUACAAUAACCGAAAUUACUGACGAUGAUUCCACGAGUAAUAUGGAACAAUCAUCAACAAUACCUAUAGAGGCAUCCCCAAGUCCAAGCCCGAGAGAGAUAGAACGAAAACGAAAAGAUGAGUUUCACAAUAGCGAUUGGUCUAAACCGAGCAGUGAUCACGAAUAUGAAAUAAUUGAAAAACCGCCCCCAAAUCUCAUCUACACAGCUCCGAGCGUUGAUGACAAAGUUAAAAUGGUAAAGACAGAUGAUGAGUUAUCGAGCACCACAUCAUUAGAACGAAAAUAUUUACAGCAUGCGUCGGAUGACGAAGAUCAAGCUGACGAUAAAGAAAAUAUGAAUGUGGAAAAAAACGAAAAUGCUAUUAGUGCAGAGGCUCUGCAGAAAGAUAUCGAGGAACGGUUCUUUGUAAACACACCGUCGACUGUUUCGAGAACUGAAUGUGAAGUUAGUACUAGCCAAGUUGAUUCAUCUGCUUUAGAAAAUUUACCUUUGAAAAGAGAUAGCCGCUCGAAAACUGGAGAAAAAGUCGACAGUAAAAUACAACAACGACUCAAAGAAGGCACAGGAAAGUUAAAAACACAAGCAGGCAAACUAAAAACAAAAAUAAACAACAUGAAAAUGCCAGAGAGGCCAAAAUUUAAAAUGCCCGAUAGGCCUAAAUUUUCUUUUCCCGACAAAAGCAAAUUUAGCUUACCGGAAAGAACUAAAAUGAAAAGUUUUAAUAUAAAAGAAAAAUUUUCACUGGGAGAACGAAGAAAAUUUUCACUACCAGAAAGGCCUAAAUUUAAUGUUCCUGACUUCCCAAAAUUUAAAAUGCCGGAGAGGCCAAAAAUUAAUUUUCCUAGUUUGGGGCGAAAAAAGGAGUAUAAAGUUGACAAUGACACCACAGAGUCCACUACGGAUUUACAAAAUACAGCCACCGUAGAUUUCGAAGCGAAAACGUAUCCAAGAUUAUUUUCGAAAAAGAAGAAAAUUGUUCUUCCUAAAACAUCUUCAUCCCCGACCUUAAACAGAGAAGAUACUCCUCCCCCCACGUUUACAUUUACGCGAAUGAAAAAACCAGCGGAGCAAACAUCAUAUACACUAAAUGAACCUGAAACACCCCGCGAAUACGGAAAUAUUGAUAAGGCCGACGUAGAUUUCUCUUCCAAUGGCUUAGAAAGAAAACAGUUUGAAGCUACUUAUGAUUUCGACAGAGUUCCCGAGUAUCUCGAUGAAGAAGAAGCAGAAUUCAAAGAAAGUUCCGAUACCCACUCUGCGUCGCCCGUAGCCCCCUCGAAUCUGGAAUACACGCACAUUAACGAAAUAAAUAAUGACGAAUUUUUUGUUCGACCGAGAGGUAUAUCUCGUGAAAAUAUACAAGUAAGGGAGUACUUGAGCGACGAAAUACGACAGGCGUUUCAAACGCCAAAGAAUGUGUUGGUUACGAUGGGUAGUGAUAUAAGAAGUGACGAACAUAUGUAUGUAAAUGAUCUGGACGUGGACCAUGAUUUGAUAGAUGACAAUGAGAACAUGAAGUAUUCAACGGAAGAUGUAAAUGAAAGAGAUGACGGAUAUUACACAUUUCCUCCCGUAAGACCAUCGAGAGCAAAACGAAAGAAGAAAGAUGCAGAAUCGAUAAAAUAUAUCGACGAUAGUGUUACAGCCAGUAUGCAAUUUAGCGAAGUCGAUUUAGGUAUGUCUGUUGAUCAGCUUCAUGAACAACCGAUAAAUGGAAAUUUUGAAGAUGAUAAGGUUAAUUGUGAGUUGUCAGAAUUUCCCCCACCCACAGACCUACGUUCUAUUCAUGAAUAUGCAAAUGAAGAACUGUUUGAUUAUCCGGAACAAAUUCAAUCACAAACACUUCCUAUGCCGCCUAAGAGAAAGAAGAAGUUUAAACAGGACAAACAUUCGUCGUUGACCGAUUUACAAUUAUCUAAAGAACAGCCUCAGGAACACAGUGAAGAUAUAAUUGUAUAUCGAACCGAGCAUGAAUACAUCAUUCCUCAAGCUCAAGAAAUGGUCACGGACGCAAGUCCAGCGCCUCCAAAACGAACGCGUUCAAGAAGUUCUCGUGAACCAUCCUUGUACGACGAUGAUCGUACAUCGCGUGGUGCGGAAUCACUCAUUCUUGAUUCUAAUCUUCCUCCAGUGAAUGAUGUCGAUAUAGGCAAAGAGAUUCGUGAUGAAAGCCCAGGAUAUGCUACUGUUGACAAAGGUGCUAGUACCCCAAUUAAAACAGCUAGAAGAUCCAAAAGUAAAACACCACCAAGGCCCCGAAAAAGUAAUAGCUCCGAACGUAAGUACUAUACAGUAAGUGGUAGUAAAAGUGCAGUACCACAUAGGCCGCCGAGAAAGAAAUCGUCAACUAGUCUUACAACUUUAGACAGUUUUGCUAGACGAUCUAUAAGUGGCGAUUUUACUCAGUACGUGGAAAUUGAUGAACCCCACAUGGAUGAUACUCAUAAAGAUUUAAAAUCCGGUGAUAUAUUGAGCAAAAUGAAAGACAGACCACUACCACCACCACCACGACCACCAAGGGGACCAAAAAAAAAGAAAAGAUCUAUAGACGGUAUUGACGAACUUGCACUAAUAGUUGACGUAAGUUCUACGCUAUGUAAGGCUGAUUCGCCAUAUUUAUCAAGCGAAUUGCAACAAAACAACAUUGUGGAAAUUGAAGUUUCAACACAAACAGAUCCGCUGCCGGACGACGUUGACUUUGAUUUAGAAGAAAACCUAAACAUAUCCUUUUCUAGUUCUUUAAAAGAUCUAGUAAACGAGGAUUCGAUGGUCGGUAAGUUAUCAGAUAAAACCGGCUCUCGCCCUACAUCGCGAUCUGAGAAAUCGUUAAAACUCUCUGACCCCAAAAUAUCUGGCCUUGGAUGUUCGUCACCGACUGUUAUUUUAGUAGAGAAGCGCGUUUCCAGUCCAACUAUGAUAAAUGAAAAAGAUGAAUUAAUUACUGAAGCAUCUUUAACAGUACAACAUAUAGAUAUAGAUGAAACUGAAAUUCCAGAGGUACCACCAUUACCAAAAUCGAGGAUACCAUCGAGUAUAACACCUCAACCAUCUGUCAGAGCACAAAGUAGCCGUGCAUUGGAAAGAGUAACUACUGACCCGAGCCGUGAUGUUCAACUGGACAAUUUGAUAACCCAAAGGUUACAAGUAAGAGAUCUAGAUGUGGGCAGAUUAAAUGUAACAGAAUUACAGGCUAGCAAGAUACUUGUAUCGGAUAUCGAAGGAAUGACACUUCACGUAAAUGAACUGGAUUCAAAGUCAGGCCAUAUAUCGGUAAAUGGAAUAGAAUUUUCGCAGUCCGUUAUAGAUGAAAUCGCUAAAAAAUUCGCUGAAAUGUCCGCUGUUAGCUUCAUGCAGCCCUCGACAUCGGCACAACCUACUUUAAUACAAGAAAGUACCUCGACGAAGCCCGAAAACAGGGAAGAGGAAACACAAACAGAAACAACUCAAUCUGAGGAAAAGCUGGAUGUAGAAACGCUCAAGUCUAAUUUAACUACGCCAGCACCAGCACCCCCACAAUCAAUAAUCGAGGAGACCACUCCCCCACAGAGACCUCCACCACCUGACUUAACGCCACUUCUGUUCUCAUAUCUACAAGACAUUGCACCUCCACCGACCUCCAUUUACUUCCCACGGAACGCAAGAGAAUCACAGUUCACAGAAUUUCCAGAACACCACACUCCAGCUCCGCCUUUACGUAGGACCAAACGUAAACCGGCGGCAGCUCCAAGCGAGUCCAGUUCUGACGACACGAGACCUAGGCCUUCGCCCCGGCGAAUGCCUCUCCCGGUCAGGUCUCAGGAACCAACGAUAACAGAAGCGGGUGCUCAGUUCCUGCGCGUAUGCCACAAUUCUGUAAGUCGAGUAGUGAGGAACAUCUUCAACUCCUUUAUGAAUUACGUCCAUGGGGCUCAAGAUAAACGGGACGUCCAGAUGGCUAUGGUUAUAUGUUUAGUUUUAGUUGCUGGUUUAAUUAUGUUCGGUUUAAGUGAUAGUAGAGCGGUGCACCAUCACCAUUGGGAAUUCUUUAACCCUCCAGAUAUACCACAGUAA